CCAGUUGGCAACGCAAUUUUCUUUUCUUACCGGCAGAACCGUUGGUGGUCACACUACUCCUAUCCAAAUAAAUACGUUUAAUACGCGUUUUUUGCCCAGCGGUUCAGACGCAAUCAGUAGAAAAACAAGACGUCAACCAUGAGCUCCAGCAAGAUUGCUCUCCUAAGUGUGUCGGACAAGACAGGUCUGCUUGACUUGGGCAAGAGUCUAGUGGCCUUGGGAUUCGAUUUGGUUGCAAGUGGAGGUACUGCAACCAGUCUACGUGGGGCUGGUCUUAAGGUGAAGGAUGUCUCUGAGAUCACAGGAGCCCCGGAAAUGUUGGGGGGGCGUGUAAAGACCCUACACCCAGCCGUGCAUGCUGGCAUCCUGUCUCGCACGAGCGACUCUGAUCUGGCUGACAUGCGCAGGCAGGGAUACGAUCUCGUCCAAUUAGUGGUCUGUAAUCUCUACCCCUUCGCUAGUACCAUAGCCAAACCGGAUGUUACGCUGGCCGAUGCAGUGGAAAAUAUUGAUAUCGGUGGUGUUACCUUGCUCCGGGCAGCUGCCAAAAAUCACCAGAGAGUCACAGUUGUCUGUGAAGCGGUAGACUACGACCGUGUGCUGGCGGAACUCAAGGUUUCGGGAGAUACUACUUUGGAGACACGACAAUCUCUAGCUCUCAAGGCAUUCACCCACACAGCCAGCUACGAUGAUGCUAUUUCGGAUUAUUUCAGAAAGCAGUACGGAUCUGGUGUGUCCCAGUUACCUUUGCGUUAUGGUAUGAACCCGCACCAGAAGCCGGCCCAGCUUUACACUCAGUUGGCAAAGCUGCCACUUACGGUGCUUAAUGCCUCUCCUGGAUUCAUAAACCUGUGCGAUGCCCUCAAUGGCUGGCAAUUGGUUAGGGAACUAAAGCAAGCCCUACAACUGCCGGCAGCCACCAGUUUCAAGCAUGUAUCCCCUGCGGGAGCGGCUGUGGGAGUUCCCCUCAACCCAGCCCAAGCCAAGCUCUGCAUGGUGGAUGAUCUGUACGAGCAGCUGACACCCUUGGCAACGGCUUAUGCUCGUGCACGUGGUGCCGACCGCAUGAGCUCCUUCGGUGACUUUGUUGCGUUGUCUGAUGUGUGUGAUGUUGUCACCGCCAGGAUCAUCUCACGAGAGGUGUCGGAUGGCAUCAUUGCAGCAGGCUAUGAGCCAGAAGCUCUGGAGAUUCUCAAGAAAAAAAAGAAUGGCGGAUACUGUAUUCUGCAGAUGGACCCCAACUACGAACCCUCCCCCGUGGAGCGCAAGACCAUUUUCGGACUAACUCUGGAGCAGAAGCGCAACGAUGCCGUCAUUGGUUCCUCACUCUUUGCGAAUGUAGUUAGCAAGCGUGGUCCUCUACCUGAGGCUGCUGUCCGGGAUUUGAUCGUGGCCACCAUCGCUUUGAAGUACACUCAGAGCAACUCGGUGUGCUAUGCCCGUGAUGGUCAGGUGGUAGGCAUCGGUGCUGGCCAACAGUCAAGGAUCCACUGCACCCGCUUAGCAGGUGAAAAGGCUGAUAAUUGGUGGCUUCGUCAGCAUCCCAGCGUGGCGGGCAUGAAGUUCAAGGCAGGUGUGAAGCGGGCGGAGAUCUCCAAUGCAAUCGACAACUACGUGAACGGCACAGUGGGCAAGGAUAUGCCUCUAUCGCAGUUCGAGGGAAUGUUCGAUAAGGCUCCAGCCCAACUCACCAGUGAGCAGAAAGUGGAGUGGCUUAAGGAACUAAACGGUGUGGCUCUAGGAUCCGAUGCUUUCUUCCCUUUCCGUGACAAUAUAGAUCGUGCUAGUUUGAGUGGUGUCUCCUACAUUGCCAGUCCAGCAGGAUCUACCAAUGAUGCUGGUGUCAUUGCCGCCUGCGAUGAGCACGGUAUUAUCAUGGCCCACACCAAUCUGCGAUUGUUCCACCAUUGAGUACUGUCUUGAGUAUACGAUUAUUUUAGAUUUUUGCUUCCAACUAAAUCUAAACUUCCCAAGGCAAAUAUAGCCAUUCUGUUGACUUUAUGAAUGUCUAUCGAAAGAAGUUUAUAAUAUGACCUCUCUAAUAUUAAUUCAAAAAGAAUCUACAUAAAAAGACAUUUCAAACAAGAAAGCAAUGCACAUAUCUGCAUUAUUGCAUUGUGCAAUCUAUUUUUGAUAACCUAUUUAGUGUUUUAAGAACUUUUAUAGAUAUAUACAAAACUUGUUAAACAAACCCCAGCAAACUGCCUUAUGUCCAUUCCAAGCUCAAUAAAAACCACUUGCCUUUAGUUAGUUAAACGAA